AUGGGUUCCACAUUGGAGCUAUGGCUUCAUAUUGGUCCUUUGCAUCCUCGACACAGUACUCGCACACGAGGAUUACAACUUCAAACAUACAUUGAUCGUGUGGCAUUACAUCAGCAUUUACAUUUGAAUUCUGGGUUUUCUCCACAAUGUCAUGACGAUCCAAAACCAGCCCGUGGUCUGGUCUAUGGCCCUUUUCAAAUCAUUCGGGGAUUCAUGCAUGAUUAUGGACGACAUUAUGAAAACACAAAUCACAUUGUCCACAUGGUCGACGCUGCAACCAAAGUCAACAACACUAAAAUCGGCUAUGAGAACAUGCAAUCAUUACAUGCCUUAUCAUACAACAAUGGUUCUGGUGAUCGAUUCUGGAUUUCCUAUGCACAGCAAUUGCACGAUUCCACAUCUCAAAUCGAAUCAACAAAUGGCUCUCUAUCUCUAUCUUACGCGCAUACACUCUCAUCAAUUAUUCAAUCAGCGCGACAUCAAACAAAAUCACAAACAUCAAAAACAAACAAGCCUAGACAAAAACGUCAAUGGCAUCAAGACCAAUCUCGGGGAUAUGUAUCGGUUUGUCAUUCAGGGUCACAGGGCACCGUGCGGCCACCGAUUAAGAGUCGCCUGGCCGUUGGGUGCCGUGCUGAAUCGGUUCGACAAUCCCGACAUCACUCGAGUUGGCAUUCAAUCUCAUCAAACCCGAAAGAGCCUAAAAAAGAAAAAUCGACAUACAAGAAAAAAAGAAAAACAACAAAAAAGUGGGACUUGCAAGAACUGUGCUGGGAAGGCUGGGAUCAUGCUGGUGUCGGUGUUGGACCACGAAUCGCUUUAAGAUACUACAAGCGAAAGGAUACAGAUAAUCAUAUACGCUGUCGUCAUGGCAAUGGGUCGAUCAUUAUGCACGUCAUAAUUGUUAUCACGGCAUCAUCAUCUAUCGGUGCUAUAUACAAGAAGGAAUGA